UGGUGCCACCCUUCCCAUUCCACAACUAAAUCUGUACAUACUUAACUGAGACUAUUCCAUUCAGUUCUCCAUGUGCAUUGGGAGAAGGCAGAUUUUCAUCAGAAAGUAAUUUGAACCCCUUCAUUAGGAGGCAAACCGAUUCUGACUCACAGCUGCUAUGAUAACAGAAGCCCCACUUGGCCCAUGCUAAUGUCUGUUAUCUACCAAUGAAGCGACACAAGCGUUAUUGAGGCUGGGGGAUCAUUUGGGUCUUCUAGGAGCUAAAUAUAGCUCAACCCACCCCAAAAAAAUGGCACACAAGGAAGGGCCCUUUGCUCCAAUCUUUUCGGGGGGCACAAUGAAUGGCUUUCCCACUGUUGGGAUGAGCUGGAGUUCUGUGGAAGGAUUAGGAGAGGAAGAGGCAGAAAAUGUUGCAGAUGAAGAUGAUUUUCAGAGGCAAAUGGAUGAGAAUGGGAUAAUUGGACUGGAUAAAAUGACAGAAGAUUUUCCAGUGGAGUUGGAAGGAGAACUGGAUGAACUAGGGACAUUUUCUGAGGCAGCUAUGUCUGAACCUAAUGUUGGACCACCCAGAGUUACUAGAAGGAACAGUACGUCCGCAAGGUUUCAGCAUGACUCCCUAGAAGACCUGAGUUACAAUAUCAGUGAACUGCAAGAUCUGGAGCCCAAUUUUCUGUCUCCUUCACCAGAGGAUAUUGCAAGUUUGGGCCAGUCACUUUAUGAUCUGGAACUGCAGCAUGAAAAUGAUGAUCAUUUGUUUGAUGAUGAACUCUCUGCAGAUCAGGACCAUAUACAGAUGGUCCCUCACCAGCAUGGCCGUCCAGAGAGAGACCGCCAGCUGGACAUGACUGAAGAUGAGCGAGAAGCUGCUGGGUCAGAAGGUGGAGACCAGGGUCUGGAUAGUGAAGGAGAGGAUUUCCCAGACCUUCCAUAUGAUGGACAACUGGAUCAAGAGCAUGAAGGCCAGAUCUUUAGCCCAAUUAACUCAAUCGGUCAUCUUUCUGUGGGCAAUUCUGCUGAAUUCUUUUUGGAGCAGUACGAGAUAGACCAGAUGACUCAGGACAAUAGUGUUUUAGAAGUUCAAAGCACUAGGAACCAGGAUCAUUUUGAUGGCCCUCUUGAAAAUCUGCCUGUUAUUGGCUUUCCAGUUAACAAAAUGACAACUUCCACACCGAGGGUCACAUUAAAUCAGGCUCUCUUUAGCCAUUUGUCCAUGGAAGAUCUAACCAAUGGGCCUGAUAUAGAUGCAGAGACGAUUCCUGAUACGUCCUUCACAGAGAGCUUAGAGGAAGUAAAAGGUAAUAACAGCCAGAUUGGUGGAGAAGGGAGUUUUGAACUGCGGCCUGAGCACGAGAUGCCAAGAAAAGGGUCUUUGAUACCUCUAGCAGAUGAGCUCAAGAAUGAAAAAUAUGCACUGCGACAACAAAUACAUCUUUUGUUACCAAAUCCAAACAUUAUUGUUACCAAGGUUUUUCCCAACAAGGCUGUACCCAAGAAUGUAAAUCACAUGAUGAAUUCUGAUUCUCAGGAGCAGAUACAAAAGAGUACCAAUACACACCAUUCCUCUUCAGGCAAGCCUGUUGUAACAGCCAACAACCUCAGGUAUGGCAGGGGCCAGCUAAACCACCCAAUUCCUGAUGUUUCCAAAGUGGAACCAAGAAUCCGCUUCCCCAAAGAGAACAGUUACAAGCCUCCUAAGGGCAGGGGCUCUCCCCAAAAGAGCACUGCAGGCAGCAAGUCCCCUCUAAUAUUUAAGUCUCCUGCUGAAAUUGUGAAAGAGGUCCUCCUAAGCAACUCAGAUGGUGACCCAUCUACCCAUAAUUUCACAACAGCCAAUGCCAAAGUGCCAGAGGAAUUUAAAAGUCCUAAACAGGCCACCAUGUUGGUCAGCCAGCUACAGGAAGACUACAAUCGAUUACUAACGAAGUAUGCAGAGGCCGAGAAUACAAUUGAUCGUCUGCGUCUAGAAGCAAAGGUGAACCUUUAUGCUGACCCACCAAAGCCAAGCCAUAGCAUCCAGAAUGGGGUUGUUCAUCAAGGGUCAAAGUUUGUUACUCUGACCAUUCCUAAAGUGCAAAAAGCUGAACUGGGCCACUCUCCAGAACCAUUACUUCAGCCAUUUAUAAACUCUGAGCAUCAUCCUGCUGAUUCACCCAGUACUCUGCAAAACCCAGAGAAGGGAAGGGGAGAACGGUUGGCACAGGCCCUAGCCACUUCUGUCAAAGAGUUCCAACAUCAGGUGGACCAAUUUGAGUCCUCAAUUCAGUCAGGUCGGAUGAGCCCUCAUGAGCAGUUGCAGAGAUUCUGUAAACUGCGGCAAAAGCAGGAAGCUCUGGAGAGAGGGUACCUUAAAUCUAGAGAGGAGCAUCAGCAUUUACAACAACAAGGCACAAAACUAGGGGUUUUUGACCCAAAUAGGGAUAUAGAAGGAGAGAUCUUCCGACUGGGAAUGCGCCUAGAGGAUCUAAAGGACCAGAUUGACCAAGCAAUGCAAAGUCAACCAUCCCCUGUUCCUCCCCCAGUUCCCCCUCUCAGCAUGGCACUGUCAUCUCUCACUGACCCCAUGACACAGCCUCCUACACCUUCUGCUCAAAUCCCAGUUCCUGCUGCACACACACCUCAUCCUCAAAACUCCUGGCCAACACUGGAGCGUACAGCUGGCUCCAGCAAGACUGAUGUGAGCUCAAUCAGUGGAGACAGCGAGCCAGAAGAAUCAACGCCUCAUCCUGAACUUCUGCCCAUACCUAUAAGGCAAAAGCAUCAAAAAGUAGAAGGGCAAUACAGCACACUGCUUGAACACUAUGAUAGGUUUCGGGAGCUGCCUGAAAUGAUUUUACCAAAGUCAGAGCAGGAUGAGUCCUCCGAAUUAACUCCAAGAACAAAUGAGCACCAAAAAUCACCUUCUGUAGAUGAAAGCACACCAACAAUCCGUCCAGAACCAGUAGAAAUGAAAACAGACCCUCCGGCUUCUACUCCUGACAGAUUAAGAGAUUGGCCAAAACUAGUGGAUGCCACAACAUCUCCAUGGAACCAGUCAGUUAGUUCUCAUAGCAGAGAACCUAAGAGAGUUAGAGCUUCAAAACCUGAACUGGGUGUUUCUCGUCGAUCUAGUAUAGCAAGAGAAGACAAGAAUAAACCCUUGGAUUUACAACCACAAAAUGCUACUACUCAUAUGAAGACUGUAUCUCCACAGGAGCGCAUUUUAUCACCAGAGACAGAUAGUGGCUUCAUAGGAUCGGAGUGCAGUCGCUUCACUCCCGCAGUUCACAGCCCUGAGCAUCUGAAGUCAAGACUUGUGCCUUCUCGCUUCACCAGGCAGGUUGUCUCCUCUAAUUCCUCUCUUCGACAAUCUUCCCCUGAGAUUCCACAAAGAAAAUAUAGUCAGAGUACAUUGCCCCCAAAAGCAACUCCUGUCACUCGGAAGCAAAGAAAUAACAUGGACCUCUCUGAAACACGUUAUCCAGAGCCCUGGGUUGAAAAUAGGGUCAGCGAGUUCGGGCAUGACUCCACUGUCUCUCCAAGUGAAUCAGAGAGUGAAAGGCAGGGAGCAGUCCAUACUAGCAUCUGGCCUAGGAGUAAAUGGCAAACUAAAACGUUUCCCACAUCUGUCUCCUCACGCACUUCUCCCCAGCGCAUGAAAGCUCAAAAAGUCUCAGAGGGGACUGAACUGGGCCCAGUCCACCAAGAGGCAAUCCAGGCUUUGCAGGAUGAGGUAUCUCGGAUCAAAGAAAAGCUAGAAGAAAGUCUACGUUGGCCCAGACCAGAUUCUGGCAGAGCAACCUUACCUACUAGCAGGCGAGCUGAACGUGAGUUUGGGCGCAGACAAAGGUCAUCAGUUUUAAGUGAAUCUCCCGAACAAUUUCAAGAUGUGCUAGCACAUGCAAAGAAACCAGAUGAUCAGUGGCAUCCUAGCAGCCUUCGUGCAAGGCAUGAACUUGAAAUCAGCAGUGAUUCUGAUCAUUCUCAGCCUGCACCCAGAACACAGUCUCCUAGACCCACUCCAGCAGAAACUUUCAGACAGCCUUUAGGGUCUCAGAGGCUGGACACAGUCACGUUCAAAGGACCCUACACAGGAAAAGAGUAUUCUGUGCUUGUGCCAGGGCUUUCAACUAGCAGAGGCAAUCAACACUCUACAGCCUGUCGAAACUGUAGCACUGUGGAAACCCGCAGACGCAGCAGUGCUGGUGUGAGAUCUGUAACCGAUGAAGCCUUUGCUAGCACCACUCAGCCAUGUCCACAGUGUCGCAGAGAAAGGCAGCAAAAUUUUCAUGGAAGUACACCUGCUAACCAGACUAACUCUGCAAAUUCCCCCGCAGACGGGAUUCCUGGCUCUCCUCUAUCUAAUUCUACUAGGAGUGAGACACGUCCCAUGUUCAUUGCUGGAUCUCCUUUUCCCUUCGUCAGCUAUGUGCCUUACUCACCCACUAUUCUGUAUUGCCCUCCUACUUCCUCAGAGGUUGCUGAUUCCUCUCCAGAGUCUCGCCUUUAUCUCCCUACCAGCUACAGUCUGAUGCAGAUAAAUCCUAAACUGGAUGUCGGGUUUCAGCAGCCACGGAGGCACAGGUCAUUCAGCCUGGACUCUACAGGAGUUGAUGCUCUUAACCUCUCCCUUGGUCAGGCCAUUGAAGCAGCAUGUCGGUUGAAGCUGACUAGCAAUCGUAUGGCACGCUCACUUACAGCUGAUUUAGACCACUGUCGGGUACUUCGUAAAUCCUUGCUCUAUUAAUAUUCUCUCAAGAUGAUGAUUAAACUUUGUGUUUUUUUAAUUAGUUGCAUUUUAGAAAGGGAAUUCAAUUGUGUAAUUUAGAUUCUACAUUUCUACUUUGUCAAAAAAUGAAAAAUUGAGGCAGUCAGUGAUGCUGAUAUUGGAGCUACAUUUAAACAUACUGUAAAUAUUUUUGAGGAAAGGUAAUUGUUGUUUUUUUCUGCUUAAGAAAAGGCUGUUCAUGUAUGUUUUAUUUAAUUUACUACUCGGACGGUAGAUGUCCCAAAUGUUCUGUUUACCCGUUAGCCAUUAGAAUACCGUACAUCAUAAAUUAAACCAGACGGUUGUGUAUACAUUUAAGCCAUUGGGAUUUCAGAGCAGUGGGUCUUUAGCUUCUAGAAAAUACUAACAAUAGAAAAUCAGCCGACAUAGUAGAUCUCUUGAUGUCAGUCAUAUCCUGUUUGUAUUAUACAGUGUAUUUUCUGAUGUAAAUGAUUCUUUGAAAACAAAUGAACAUUACGGCCUUGCUGUGCUCUCUGGCCUAACCCUAUAUUUAGCACACACAUGGCACUUUGAAGAAAGGAAGCUUUGAGACUUGAACAAGGCACAGUAAAAUAAAGAUUUACACUCAGGAUUUCACAAUAGCCAGAGACAAGCCUAUGUCUUGUAAUUGUUUUUUCUACCUGAUUUGUACAUCUGUGAUUUAAAAGAUGUACUUGCUUCAAAAAAAACUAUAACUUUCUGUAUUAUUUUAUUUUUUAGUUUGUGCCACAUAUGUUUACUAGAGAAUUAUUUACUUUAACUUCAAAAAGCACAACUUGUCUAUUAGACAAACAGACUUCUUCUGGUAUGCCUGCUUUAAGUACUAAAAGAGCUCCUUGAUCAGAUGUUGGUAAGCCAGUUCCUAGAGAGCCACAGUUACUACCAAGUUUUAAGUGUGUGGCUUGUGUUGUGCUGCUUUCCUAAUUGCACUUGUUAUACUGGCAUGAUUCUACACACUUUUUCCAAAUUUAAAAGUUCAUGUCAUAUUCUAUGCUUUUUCAGAAAUUAAGCAAGCAUUGAUUCUCUUUGUGAUAUUUACUUCACCAAAAUGCAGAAUGUCUACUUGACCUACACAUUAGUUUGUUUACAAACUUUUAAAAAUAUGGGAAGUUAUUAAAGCAGCUAAUUUAUCGUCAUCAAAACAAAUACCUCAUGGCAGAACCAGAUUUUCUGCUUAGUAGAGAAAAGUCAAAAUUAAUUUGCAAAACAUUUAACAUGUUGUUGCACUACUCCAGAUUAUUUUUGAAUUCUUCCAGACUGAGUGAAAAAUAUUAAAAAAAAAAAAAAACAUGAAAUCUGAAGGAGUUCUGUUAAAAGCAACAGUUAGCCUUAAUUAAAGUGACAUACAGUAAUGAAAACCUGCACUGACUUGUGGCUCCCUGGGACAUGGCUCCAAUUCUGCAGUCCUUCAAUAGUAGUAGCAUAGCUAUCUAAAUGUGCUCCUUCUCUUUAUCAAACACUGGGCCAGCUCAUUUUAUUAGGCAUCAGGUAUAUUUUCUAAAUAAGCUUAUUUUUAGUUGUGACUUUACUAAAUGAGUUUAGUUAAAUUAUAAAGUGACUAUAAAUCUUACUAAAUUUAUUUAUUAGAUGGUUUACCAAACAAGUUCAUUGUUUGACUAUGUAGCUCUUGUUAGAUAAGUUCCUUUUUCACAUACAAAAUACAUCUCAUAAAAUGAGUUGCUCUUUCACUAAGAAAUUAGCUCUCUUAAUAGACUGUUUCUUUUUCUUACAGUUAAGUAGGUCACUGGCU